UAUCGAAUUUUGCUUCCGGUAUACUGCACUACAUCCCAAAGAAUUAAAAAUUAUUAUAUCAAAAUUUUUCAAAUUUUUGUUCAUUUUUUAUUUCAGCCAGCCAAAAAGAAGUUGUUUAACCUCAACAGGCAUCAGAGAAAAAAGAGGAGAGAGGCUAACAAUAAGAUGGCAAAUAAUGCCAAUGAACCUCCACCAUGUAUUGAUCCUCAAGUUUCGUUGUCGACCAAAAAGAAGAGGAAGCGUCAUGGGCCGAACCUCAACAGACAACAAAGAAUAAAGAAGAGGAAGGAUAAGAUGUCAAGUAAUGCUAAUGGACCUCCACCAAGUGUUGAUCCUCAAGUUUCUUUGAAAAAUGAAAAUGAAUUACUUAAAAAGAAAAAUAAUGAAUUGGAAAUUAAAUUGAACAAUAUGCAAUCUAAACAUGAGAAUCUAAAAAUGGUUUAUUACAAAUUUGGUCGUUGUAUUAUUUGUACAAUUCAAUUGAAUCACGAAAAUGCUUACUUUCUGAAUAAUUGUGGACAUAAAUUUCAUCAUUAUUGCAUUACUCGUUGGAUUACUGAAGAGAAAAAUCAAUGUCCAGUCUGUCGAGUUGAUGCUACUUUGGAUGAUAUUAAACAAUAUUUUACCGAAAAACCAAGUGACAGUUCUGAUGAUUCUGACAAUGAAUUGACUCAAAGUACAAGCAAUUUGGUUAAUGUUGUGAAUAAUAAUUUGAAUUUUGUGAAAUUUGUUCAAUCUAUAAAUAAAUGGAGGAAAAAUACUUUUUUAUGUUGUUCAAAUAAUUGUAUAAAUACAAACAAACCUAUUGGUAAUUGUAUUGAAGGAAAUGGAUCAGGAAAAGUAAUUAAUGAUGAAAAUGUUGAAUAUAUGAAUUGCUUGGAGGAGAAAGGAGGUAAAAAUGGGUUGGGGCCGUUGGACUAG